AUGUUUUGCAGUCUAAUUGGCGUGAAACAGGCAUCCCGUACCUCGGUCUUGGAAGAUUACAACCGUUCUUCGUUGUUGAAGUCCAAUCAUAUCUACAGAGACAAUGAUUAUGAUGAUUAUAGCAGCGGGGUCGGCGAACCGCGCACACCGAUGCAGUUUUGGUAUCCCGCCCCGCCAUACACCGAUGCGCAAGCGCCGGUCAAAGUCUACAAGCCCAGAGAAGACCCCCGCCUCUACUAUCAGUCUGAUCAGUAUCUUAAAGAAGUUCUGGGCAAAAACAUAAACCCUGAAGUUACAAAUAUUUAUCCCGGAAGAGAAGUUGUGAGAAUGAAUGAACCUCAUGUGGUGCGGCCAUUGCCAGUUCGACGCUUGAGAAGCAGGCAUGACAACCGAAUAGAUUACGCAGAAUAUAAGCACUGCAUAAAGUGUCCUCGAGACAGAACGGUAGUUGCUAAAGCGGGUUUCGAUCGCGUCAUACUGCAAGCACCGCGCUUGUUGUCAUGUUCAGGGCGUAGGGCACCUAAAAACAUACGAUUCCAGCAUUACUUCGGUCCUAAGUUUGGUACAUUACUCGAGGAAGGCUCAUAUUCCGUAGUCGGACGAAUCGUGAACAGAAAUGAGAAACUACAAAUGUGCAAAUUUAAAGUCCGCGUGGUAGUUCAAACAUGCAAAACUCCAGAAUCGUUAAUCACAAAUUGCAAUGGAAUCAACCAACCCUGCAACUUCAGAUGCCGUGACGAUAAAAUGGAAUUAAUUGGUGCAACGUCCCUCAUAUGCGGCGAUGAUUUACAGUGGGAUGACGCACUUCCUACAUGCAGAGUUCGUAACUGGUGUAUAACUCCUACGCCGCCCGAACAUGGUCGCAUCAGCUGCACAGGGCACCAGGCAGGGAAAUCGCACGAGGGUUUAGCUGAGGGAUCGAGAUGUCGCGUUCGCUGCGAUCGCGGCUGGCAGUCGAACCUACGAAUCGUGGCCUUCUGUCGCCGAGGAAAUUGGACUCGAGCUCUCGAGUGCGAUUCAAAUAAUAGCACGCAAAGAUAAAUAAUAAUGCAAUGGGGUUUCAUCAAUUUUAUAACCGUUGUUUGAUUUUACUGAAAUCCAACAUCGGUAUUAUUGCAAAAUGCAAAGAUGAAUUCAGGGCAAGAUAGUCACUGUUACGAUGAAGUACUAGUUUGAAAACGAAUAAGGAAAUAAAAGAAUACUUUUGUCUUAUUAUGGGUAAAAGACUAAAUCAUUGUUCAUUGUACGUUGAGGUUUUUUAAAUUUUUUG